AUGUACACUUUGCGACACAGUCCGGAAGUGAUGGUCAACAGGAUUGGUCACCCGCUACCUUGGAACAAUGUUCAACAGCAUGAAAAUCCGAAACUUUUAACUAUCAAUAAGGGAUUCUUUGAAAACCGAAAAGGUCUUGAAUCACCCUCUAAGCAAUAUGAAAAUGUGAAAGAUUAA